AUGCUCGCGAUCCUGUCGGCCCUCAGCGCCAUCAACCAGGCCAUUUGCUACUCGUACGCGCCGAUCGACAGCAUCGUCGAAGCGAGAUGGCAAGAGCGGAUCCGGACGGAGCACCUCAUCACCAUCUACUUCGUCUCUUACAUCCCGUGCUCCUUCAUCGGCUCGUGGCUCAUGGACAAGUUCGGUCUUCGGUUCGGCGUCCUCCUCGGUGGCUUACUGCAAGCUGUCGGCGCUAGUUUGCGCUACUUCGCGUGCGCCUUCGACCCCGUUGAAGAGGUUUACAUCACAGUGCUAGGCCAAGUGCUAGCUUCCUUCGCGAUGCCCUUCAUGGUCAACUCCCCCGCCGUGCUGUCCGCCAAUUGGUUCCCGUCUUCAAUGCGCGCGACUUCGACCAGUGUUGCAGUCAACGCCAACGCUAUGGGCACGGCUCUCGUCUACCUCAUCGCCCCCUUCGUGGUCUUCUCCAGCGACGAAGUGCCGGGGUAUAAUUUCGCCUUAGCGGUGCUGGCUGGUGGCGCGUGGGCGGUAGCGUUGUUCUUCUUCUGGUCCUUCCCUAAUUCUACUCAAGACCAUCCGAAGUCCCAUCUAGGAGACGAAUACGACUGGGGACAGUGGAGGAACGCGUUUACUCACGACGGGUUUUGGCACACUUUGGUCGCAUUUUCCUUGGCGGAGUGUGUACUGAACGCCAUGUGCGCGUUGCUGACCAAAUUUCUAAGCGUCACGAGCUUCUCUACGACUGAAAUCGGAGUGUUUGGGUCGGUGUUUAUCAUCAGUUCACUGGUUGGGAGCCAAGUUAUCAGUCGAUAUGUGGACGAGAGGAGGAACCACAAGGCGGCGAUGCAGGUCUGCCUCGUGUUGAUCGCUGUAGGGAUCGCGCUGUUCCGACUGGUGCCCAAGAACGAGGUGCACGCCACGCUAUUGAGUCUGCUGUUUCUCGGGUUUGUACUGGGUCCAGUGCAGCCGAUUGUGUUGGAAUUAGGCGUUGAGUGCGCGUUCCCGACGAGUGCAGCUACUGUGGCAGCUCUGCAACAACUGAGUGGGAAUUUCCUGUCGGCCAUCGUGGUGCCGACUCUGAGUGCGCUCUUACGGACGAGUUUAAGUGCUACGGGCGUUGAAUCGACGAAGAACUUUUACUCGAGCCCUGAGUGGAUACUGAUAUUUAUGACCACAGCGACGUUCAUCAUCUUUUGCUUCUUGUACGGUUUGGUUGUGUACCUGUUUUCAUGUAUGGUAAAGUUUUUCUAA